ACCUAUGAUUUGUGAACUUCACCAAAAUAAAUAAACAAAUGAUAAAAAGAAACGGCCUGCUGCCUUGAAAAACUCCAGGCGAAAGAAUGGCCACUCUAAAAGCAGCAAGUACCCAACUGGCACCAUUUUUAUUCCUCAAACACAUAAUCAAGCUCCUAAAAGUCUCAGCUGACACAAAAAACUUAAGAUUAGGCAAAAUAAUCCACACCCAUUUAUUAGUUGCCGAUCGAACCUCAAGAGAAAAUAGCGUAUACCCGUUAAAUUCUUUAAUCAACCUCUAUGCGAAAUGUAGCCAAAUUUCAACUGCCCAGAAAGUGUUUGAUAGAAUGCCUGAUAGAAACUUGGUUUCUUGGUGUUCCUUAAUGACGGGGUAUUUGCAAAUUGGGUUUUCACUGGAAGUGUUAAACUUGUUCAAAAAUAUGGCUUUAGUGGAUAAUUUGAGGCCUAACGAGUAUAGUUUCGCACUAGUUUUUUCGGCUUGUUCUGAGUGUGGGAAGGUUUUAGAGGGUAGGCAGUGUCAUGGUUAUGUGUUGAAGUCAGGGUUGGAUUUUCAUCAGUAUGUUAAGAAUGCAUUAAUAAAUAUGUAUUCAAAGCUUUCGGAUGUUGAAGGAGCUAUGAGGGUUUUCAGUUUAGUGCCUGGUUAUGAUGUCCUUUUGUAUAAUUCGACUUUAAAUGGACUCUUGGAAAACGGAUUCUUAAAUGAAGGGGUUGAAGUUUUGGAAAGGAUGAUCGGAGAGUGUCUGGAGUGGGAUAGUGUAACUUACGUUACUCUCUUUGGACUUUGUGCUUGUAUUAAGGGUUUGAAGUUGGGUACACAAGUGCAUUGUAGGGGUUUGAAGAGUGGUGUUCAGUUGGAUGUUUUUGUUAAUAGUGCAAUCAUUAAUAUGUAUGGGAAAUGUGGAGAGGCUUUUAAUGCUAGGAAAGUUUUUGAUUGGUUGCAAGUUCGGAAUGUGGUUUUAUGGACUGCAAUCAUGGAUGCUUACUUCCAAAAUGGAUGCUUUGAGGAAGCACUAAAUCUGUUUUCUGAGAUGAAACUUGAUGAUAUUUCACCUAAUGAAUUCACUUUUGCGGUUAUGUUAAAUUCUACUGCAGGGUUGUCUGCACUAAGACAUGGACAUGUACUAUAUGGAGAGAUUGAAAAGUCCGGUUUUAAGGACCAUGUUAUUGUUGGAAAUGCUUUGAUUAAUAUGUAUGCAAAGUGUGGCAACAUUGAAGCAGCAAGUAAAGUUUUUUCAGAAAUGAUGUAUCGAGACAGCAUUACAUGGAAUGUGAUGAUAUGUGGGUAUUCUCAUCAUGGGCUAGGUAAGGAAGCUAUGGCUGUGUUUCAAGACAUGUUGGCUGUAGGAGAAUGUCCUAACUAUGUUACUUUUGUGGGUGUUCUCUCUGCUUGUAGCCAUCUGGCUCUAGUAAAAGAAGGUUUAUACUACUUGAACCAAUUCAUGAGACAGUUUGGAGUAGAACCUGGGUUGGAGCACUACACGUGUGUUGUUGGACUCCUGAGCAAGGCUGGACUACUUGAUGAGGCUGAGAAAUUUUUGAGGUCUAUACCAGUCAAAUUAGAUGUUAUUGCAUGGCGUACACUGCUCAGUGCUUGUCAUGUCCAUCGAAAUUAUGUUUUUGGGAGGCACAUAGCAGGAUUACUGUUAGAGAUGGACCCUAAUGAUGUGGGAACAUAUACACUGUUAUCUAAUAUUUAUGCAAAAGCAAAGAGGUGGGAUGAAGUAGUGAAGAUCCGAAAACUGAUGAGAGAUAGAAAUAUCAAGAAAGAACCUGGAGUGAGCUGGAUAGAGAUAAGAAAUGUUACCCAUGUUUUUGUUUCAGAGGAUUGUAAACACCCAGAGUCAAGUCAAAUUUAUGAGAAAGUAAAAGAACUGUUAGCUAAGAUUAAGCCAUUGGGAUAUGUACCAGAUGUUGCUGCUGUGUUGCAUGAUGUGGAGGAAGAGCAAAAGGAAGACUAUCUUAGUUAUCACAGUGAGAAAUUGGCCAUUGCAUAUGGCCUUAUGCAAACUCCCUUGGAGGCACCUAUUCGGGUAUUUAAAAACCUUAGAAUGUGUGAUGACUGCCAUUCUGCUGUGAAACUUAUUUCAAAGAUCACAAACAGGAUGAUCAUUGUCAGAGAUGCAAAUCGCUUCCACAGAUUUCAAAAUGGAUGCUGUUCAUGUGCAGAUUACUGGUAAUUGGUUCAUUGACUGUUUGCUUCUUGAUGACGGAAGAAGAAAAUUGUAUGUUCUGGAACACAGAAAACAUGCAUGCCAAAUUUCUCUCCAAGACAGCCAGGGAUCAUCGAUCUUCAUUCUAUCUACCUGGAUACUAUGUCAUAAAUUCCAAUGUUAGGGUGUAUAUGCGGUUGACUGAUGCCCUCCUGCCCAUGUUACUGAAAGCUUAAGGCACGAUCCUUUUAGAUGUUGAUGUAAAAUGUUCAGGUACAUUUAUGAAUGCAAGAACCAAAGAUGGUUUCCAUAUUUCAGGAACUAGAGAACGAAAACAGCCCACAGAUAUGCCAGACUAAGUGAAAAGAAAAUGUUCCCUAAUUCCUACAGCUUGAAUACUGGCACGGUUGACAGAUUUUGAUUCUUGCUUGGAAAAAUCAAAUUAUUCUA